AUGAAGAUCUCCACCUCUAUUGUCCUCUCAACUGUCACCCUCGCUUCCAUCUUAAACCCUAUCGAUGGACAUAGUGACCCCGAUCAAUUCGUGCAGUCAGAGCGUAAACUUAUUGUCGGCGGAGAGACCACCGAACCCGGCACCAAGACCUACACGACUGGUCUUCGAUCCACAGUCGAGGGCGAUAACUUUUGCGCGGGUUCACUUAUCACCCCGACGUAUGUGUUGGGUGCAUCGCACUGUGUGCCUGGUGAUAUCCGUUGGGUAUCGAUUGGCUCGCACUACCUCAACGGAACGCAAGAUGGUGAGCAGAUUCGAGUUGUGUCGAUCACAAACCACCCAAACUACACGACUGACGGAGAUCAGAUGUCGAACGAUUUCGUUCUGUUGAAACUUGAGCGGCCAAGCAAGUUUAAGCCCGUGAAACUCGCAGCGGCCGAUGGUUCUGACCUGAAAACUGGCGAACGGGUCACAGCGAGUGGAUGGGGUCGAACUGAUGAAAACGGGACCACGUCGUAUGAGCUCCAGCAUGGAUGGGACCCGACUGCGUUCGGAAUUGUGUCUCGUGUACGCGCAUGGAUCGAGUCGAUCACAAGCGGCGAGUGUUCUCCGUAG